AGCUCAAACACUCACCAAAUCUAUCUCUCAAAAAAACAUUGCUCUAGACAAUAAUAUUCAUUAAGUAACACUUUUCAAUUAUCAUGGCUAAGUUCAUUGUGAGAAAUAGUAACAAAAAGAAGAAUGGAGGUAGCAUUGUGAAACUCAUUGAGAAACUACAAAAGAAAAUCUUGCUAGGGAGAAAUAAAUCAACAUCAACCUAUGUGCCUGAGGAUGUGAAAGAAGGACAUUUUGCAGUGAUAGCUGAGGAUAGAAAAGAAGAUCAAGAACCAAAGAGAUUUGUGUUACCAUUAAGUUGUUUAACAAAUCCAACAUUUGUUAGGUUAUUGGAACAAGCAGAAGAAGAGUAUGGUUUUGAUCAUGAAGGUGCACUAACUAUUCCUUGUAAGCCUAGUGAACUUCACAAGAUGUUGCAACAAUGGCAACAAGAAGAAUACAAUUCCUCCAAUAACUACAUGUUUUUUCAAAACUAUUGAUAAUUAAUUAAUUACAUGCAUAUAUAUAUUUAUAGGAAAUAUAUUAGUAAUUUAU